ACAUGACCGGAAAUCGAACGUCUCCCUCUCCGCUGGCUGCUUCUGCUGCAGUAAAAAUUAAAACGAGGAGGCUGAGAAAUUAAGCCAUAUUUUUGUGGAAAAAUAACAAUGGCCCUUGAAUCUCGCAUCACACAGGAGGAAAUAAAGAAGGAGCCAGAAAAGCCAAUUGACCGAGAAAAGACUUGCCCCCUCCUCCUGCGAGUAUUUACCACCAACAGCGGCCGACAUCACAGAGUAGACGAAUUUGCUCGAGGCAAUGUUCCUGCCAGUGAAUUGCAAAUAUACACCUGGAUGGAUGCAACUCUGAAGGAGCUAACCGGUCUAGUAAAAGAAGUGUAUCCAGAGGCCAGAAAAAAGGGGACACACUUCAGUUUUGCCAUCGUCUUCCCAGAUAACAGUAGGAAAAUGUAUAAUUUGAAAAAGAUUGGCAGCACCAUAUCUGGCAGAAAAGGCCCGGAUGACUCCAUGACGCUGCAGUCUCAACGUUUCCAGAUCGGAGAUUACCUGGAUAUAGCCAUCACACCACCUAACAGAGCUCCACCCCUCAACACACGCAUGAGACCCUUCUGAGCACAAACACAUCAACACGUUAUCGUUUCAGCCGUCUUAAAUGGCUUUUCUUUCUUUUAUAGAAACUUGAUGUUUAAUAAAGUUUUCUUUUUCCAAA